AUGGGAAUGCAGUUCGCCAAGCCGCGACCGAUGGAGAAGAAAGACUUCGAAAAUGUUAUCGAAGGCUUUGCUCAUGCGGCCGAGUACCUGCACAAGGCGGGAUUUGAUGGAGUCGAGCUUCACGCAGCCCACGGCUAUUUGUUGUCCCAGUUCCUCUCGCCUACGACCAACAAGCGGACGGAUCAAUACGGCGGCUCGGUCCUCAAUCGGUCCAGAAUCAUCAUCGAGAUCAUCAAGGCCAUCCGGGAACGCGUAGCCGACAAGUCGUUCAUCGUAGGCAUCAAGGUCAACAGCGUCGAGUUCCAAAGCGGCGGGUUCACCCCCGAGGAUUGCAAGACUCUCUGCGCGGAGCUGGAGAAGAACGAAUUUGACUUUGUGGAGCUGUCCGGCGGCACCUACCAAGAAUUUGUCAUGAAGCAUCAGCGCGAGUCGACCCGGAAGCGCGAGGCCUUCUUCCUCGAGUUUGCCGACAUCGUGAUUCCGGAGCUGAAAAAGACAAAAGCCUACGUCACUGGCGGCUUCAGGACGACCAAGGGCAUGGUCAGGGCCCUCGACACCGUGCAGGGCGUGGGACUGGCCCGCCCGGUCUGCAACGAAUUCGACCUUGCCCAGAAGUUGCUCGACAGCAAGGUCGACAGCGCAAUCGAGACUCUGUUUGACGAGGAAAACUUUGGCAUGAUGACUGUGGUGGCCGGAACACAAAUCCGUGCCGUGGGCCAGGGAAUGGAGCCACUCGACUUUAGCAGAGAAGACCACAAGAAGAUCUUCGAAGCGUCCAUGCAGAAAUGGGGCCAGACCAUGGCGGCGGACAAAGAGGGCUCAAGGUACGGAUAUGUUGACAUUGAGGGUCUGAAGCUGGAGCCAUUCGGCGUCCCGUACGCAGCGGCAUCGCUUUAG